AUGCACAGCGACUGCCGGCGCCACUUGGUCCAAGCUGCAAGCGGCUCAGGCAAUAUGUAUGACCAGGUUGAGGCGUCCCGCGUCCUGCUCUUCAUGUUUGCCGUGCUGGUGUUUGUGAUUUGCCUCGAACUCUUCCUUCACUUUUUGGAGCAUGCGACGAAGCGCAAGCCCAAGUACGCCGACAUGCUGCACAAAACGACGCAAGAGCUCAUGAUCGUGGGUCUUAUCUAUCUCCUGGUCAAGUUUUGCGUGUCCACUGGUCUCGCCAAAGCUAACGGACUCGUGUAUCAAGCGCUAGACUUUGCCGACCUCCUCAUCCUCUUCACGGUCCUUGCGAUGGUGCUUCAAGCGACAGUGAUCCUAUUCCGAUUGCGCAAAGCGAACCGCGAACUCGGCAAGAUUUCCGUCCUCCGGACCGAGAACGUGCUGGCGAACGCCUUGACCGAAUUGAACGCGGCCAAGCAAAAGUCGUGGGUGCACCGUGAAGCUCCUCCGGUGCCUCUUUUUGCGGUCGUACGACCUCCCGCAGCUGUUUCCUUUUGA